AUGAUGGGGAGUACCCAGCUUUCAUGGGGUGUAUGGAACCUAGAUGGGUUUACCGGAGCCUACAUGGGUGAUACAGAGCCUGCACAGGCAUACGGAACCUACAUGGGUGAUACAGAGCCUGCACAGGCAUACGGAACCUACAUGGGUGAUACAGAGCCUGCACAGGCAUACGGAACCUACAUGGGUGAUACAGAGCCUGCACAGGCAUACGGAACCUACAUGGGUGAUACAGAGCCUGCACAGGCAUACGGAGCCUACAUGGGUGAUACAGAGCCUGCACAGGCAUACAGAACCUACAUGGGUGAUACAGAGCCUGCACAGGCAUACAGAACCUACAUUGGUGAUACAGAGCCUGCACAGGCAUACGGAACCUACAUGGGUGAUACAGAGCCUGCACAGGCAUAUGGAGCCUACAUGGGUGAUACAGAGCCUGCACAGGCAUAUGGAGCCUACAUGGGUGAUACAGAGCCUGCACAGGCAUACGGAACCUACAUCGGGUGGCCCAAGGCUCCAGGGCCCAAGACUCCAGGGCCCAAGGCUCCAGGGGCCAAGACUCCAGGGCCCAAGGGUCCAGGGCCCAAGGCUCCAGAAUCCAGGGCCCAAGGCUCCAUAACCCAAGGCUCCACAGCACAAGGCUCCAGAACCCAAGGCUCCAGAGCACAAGACUAA